AUGGCUGACAAAACCAUAAUCUGCGCGCCAUUGGACCAGCGCAGCAGCCCUGCCCUCUCGGAGCCCAGCCCUGCUCUCAAUUCGUCCCGCCUCUGGUCUCCCACUCUUGCUGCCUCGCAAUCGCACCCGUCCUCUCCUUCUACGAGGCAGGACGGCGAUGUCGACAUGGCAGACGCGCCUGCCGCAGGACCAGCCGAGUUCAAGAAGCCGCUCGACAUCAACAGCCUCAUGUCGCCGCCUGAGCUUGCACCGUUCGAGAACUUCUCCAAUUACUCAGCAAUGCGAGGAGCCGUGGCAGACGCUCGGGCGGACAAGAAGGCCGGCGGCCCCAAACCGCUCUUGUCGCCCCCCAUCUCGCCCUUCACCAGGGCCUCCAACACAAUCGACCCGGUCCCCGCUGCGGGCGCCGGUCUCAGAGACCCGAUUCUCUAUCCCAGCAGCGACAUCGCCUCCAGCCCUCCGCAGCCGCUUUUCGGGCCGGACGAGCAGUCGAAGGACGACGCCCAGCAGCUGGUCGACGAGCACGUCGCCUCCCGUCCUGCGAACCUCUUCCGCAAGGCCACUCCGCCAGAGCGAGAGGACUAUGAGUUGGCUCUCUUCUUCAAGUCGGCCGUCAUGGAGAAGUUCGCAAACAACCCCAAGGGAUGGCUACGCAAGGAGCGCGAGUUCCUCCGCGCCGACCGCAAGGCCAGCGCCGAGCGGAGGAGCCACCUGCAGCCCGUGCUCCCGGCCAAGGAAAUCAUAGCACGGGGCAUCGCUGCCAAGCCCCCGCGCCCUGCUCCCCGUGCCUCCAAGGCCGACAAGAUCGUCAAGCCCAGGGCUCGCCCUGCUCCUCAGCGCAUCGCUCCCCAGCGGCCCUCUCCGCAACGCAUUGCGCCGCUGUCGAGCACGACGCCGCCGAACCACGCCAGCACGGGAAAGCGCCUCCCGAGUGCGACUCCCGAGCCUCGGAGCCGGCCCGUGGCCCCCAGCCGCGAGGACAAGGACUUCCACCUGCUUCCCGACUACUGUCCUCCGCUGAGCUCGCUGCCCAACAAGCCAAACAGCCUCAAGAUCGACUGGAAGGGCAACCCGCUGGACCUCUCCAACGACCCCCACCGGCACCUGCUGCACCCGGACGAGCUUCAGCUGGCGGCGAGCCUGCGUCUUGACUGCGCCACGUACCUCACGAGCAAGCGCCGCAUCUUCAUGAGCCGGCUCGAGUGUGCUACCAAGCCCAAGGAGUUCCGCAAGACGGAUGCCCAGCAGGCCUGCAAGAUCGAUGUCAACAAGGCCUCGAAGCUCUGGACGGCGUACGACAAGGUGGACUGGCUCAACCUCGCCUGGAUGAAGCCGCACCUCGCUGCUGCCGGCAAAUAA